AGAGGGACAUGAGAGAACCAGAGAGAAUGAUGGGUGAGUUUUAUGCAACCAGGAGGACGAUUCAUGCUCUCUAAGCUUGGCCUUCAAGAUUGUUUGGAAGGAAUAGAUGCCAAAAAGCCACGGGCAUGGCAGUUUAUAAGGACGGAAAAGAAGCAGACGUAUCUUUUCCGGUGGACAACAACAAUUUUCCUUAUGAUCCUUCUGCUCGAUCUUUUCACAAUGGUCGAUUCGUCCAACGUCUACGACAAAAAAGCUUCUUCUCUUCCCAAUGUUCGGCUCGAAGAAGGAACGGUGAGGUCUUUAAUAGAAGAAAAGGAGUGAUCAAAGGAGUGACAUACAAAAACAAAGCAGGCGAAGAAACAACAGCCUUUGCACCUCUCACUGUGGUAUGCGACGGUUGCUACUCAAACCUUCGUCGGUCUCUUAACGACAACAAUGCGGAGGUUCUGUCAUACCAAGUUGGUUACAUCUCACGAAACUGUCAGCUUGAAAAACCGGAAAAAGUUAAAAUUGAUAAUGUCUAAACCCUCCUUCACCAUGUUGUAUCAAAUCGGCAGCACCGACGUUCGUGUGUUUUUUGAGCUUUUCCCCAACAACAUUCCUUCUAUUUCAAAUGGUGAAAUGGUUAAUUUCGUGAAGAACACUAUUGCUCCUCAGGUACACAUUGGGCUGAUUAUUCUUUGUUCAAUAAAAAAACAACUCAAUA